GCUCACAAAAACAAAAUAAUUUUUAAUUUAUUUUUACAAUUACAUCCCCAAAUCAAUAAUAUUAAAAACCUAAAAUACAAAAAGAAAAAGAAAAACAAAUUUGCUGGCGACAAGCAAACACAAAACAAAAGCAAGGAACCGUUUCCGCUUCUUCUUCUUCCUCCUCUCUACAGAGUCAAAAACUACCACCAAACAUCACCGAUUUCAAUUGGUCUCCGACCGCCCAAAAUCCCCCCUCCCUCCUAAUCUCUCGCCGGGAAAACUUCUCUUUCCUAAACUAUCUAUAUGCUAUUGCCGAUCGAUCGUUGCUUGCUGCUGCUGCUGGCGGGAGACAGACUUGCCUUCUUCCUGGUGACCGGUGGAAAGUAACACUUCCUUCUUCCCCCGAUUAUUAUGAAGAACAACAGCAAAGGAAGCAACAGCAGCAAGAACACUACAAGCACCAGUCAUGGAUUCCUUCCUAACUCUUUGAAAUUCAUUUCGUCUUGUAUCAAAACUGCUUCCUCCGGUGUCCGCUCAGCUAGCACAUCGGUUGCCGCCUCAAUCUCCCUCGACAAUCUAGGCGGGGAUAGGGACCAGGUCCUCUGGGCCUCAUUUGACAAGCUACAAUUUAGUCCGUCCUCCUUCCGAAAUGUGCUCUUGCUUGGGUACUCCAAUGGCUUCCAAGUGAUUGAUCUUGAAGAUGCCUCUGGUGUGACUGAGCUUGUUUCAAGACGGGAUGAUCUGGUCACAUUUCUACGUAUGCAGCCACUCCCUGCUAAGGCUGAGGGUUGUGAAGGAUAUAGAGCUGCACAUCCUUUGCUCUUAGUAGUUGCUUGCGAUGAAACUAAAAGCCCAGCAAUUGUUAUCAAUGGGAGAGAUGAAUUGGGCAGAGAUGGCUUCAAUGAGAAUCAUGCUGGAGGAUUUGCACUUUCUCCAACUGUUGUUCGUUUUUACUCUCUGAAAUCCCACAACUAUGUUCAUGUUCUAAGGUUCCGUUCUCCGGUAUUUAUGGUAAGAUGCAGCCCUCAGAUAGUGGCUGUGGGUCUGGCUACACAGAUAUACUGCUUUGAUGCUCUCACUCUAGAGAACAAGUUCAGCGUGCUCACCUAUCCUGUUCCUCAAUUGGGCAUCCAAGGAGGGAUUGGGGCGAACACUGGAUAUGGGCCAAUGGCAGUGGGUCCAAGGUGGUUAGCUUAUGCUUCUGACAAUCCAUUGCUAUCAAACACUGGGCGCCUAAGUCCACAAAGUCUUACACCUCCCAUGGGUGUAAGUCCAUCAACUUCACCUGGCAGCGGCAAUCUAGUGGCUCGUUAUGCCAUGGAAUCGAGUAAGCAGUUAGCUACUGGAUUGAUGAGUUUAGGUGACAUGGGCUACAAGACUUUGUCUCGAUACUGUCAAGAUUUUAUCGCUGAUGGUUCUGGUUCACCUGUCUCUCCAAAUUCUUGUUGGAAAGUCGGACGAGUUGCAGCUCAUUCUGCAGAUGCUGAUACUGCUGGAAUGGUUGUUGUGAAAGAUUUCAUAUCCAGAGCUGUGAUUUCACAAUUUAGAGCUCAUACAAGUCCCAUUUCUGCUCUAUGCUUUGAUCCAAGUGGUACGCUUUUGGUUACUGCAUCAAUUCAUGGGAACAACAUUAAUAUUUUCCGGAUCAUGCCAUCCUCUGUUCACGGUGGUUCUGGUGCAAAGAAUUACAAUUGGAGCUCUUCUCACGUGCACCUUUACAAGCUUCAUCGGGGCAUAACAUCUGCAGUGAUCCAGGAUAUAUGCUUUAGCAGUUAUAGUCAGUGGGUUGCCAUAAUUUCAUCUAGGGGAACCUGCCACAUAUUUGCACUUUCACCAUUUGGUGGCGAGAGUGUUCUCCAAAUGAAGAACUCUGAAGUAGAUGGGCCCAUCCUAUUACCGGUGUUUUCUCUACCAUGGUGGUCCACUCCCUCAUUCCUGGUGAACCAACAAUCCGUUUCUGCAUCCCCACCAUCGUCUGUUACUCUCUCUGUGGUGGCCCGAAUAAAGAAUACCCAUUCUGGCUGGCUUAGCACAGUUAGCAAUGCGGCAUCAUCUGCUGCAGGAAAAGCGUCAAUACCAUCUGGUGCUAUUGCUGCUGUCUUCCACAAUUGUGUGCCGCAAGAUUCCCAACCUUCUCAUUUGAGAAAAGUAGAUGCCAUGGAGCACCUUUUAGCUUAUACGCCAUGUGGACAUGUGGUUCAAUACAAGUUGGUGUCGUCACUUGGUGCAGAACCUAGUGAAGCUACUCAAAGAAUCGGACCGGGUUCCUCACUUCAGACUGCAGAUGAGGAACUACACGUGAAAACUGAAUCUGUUCAAUGGUGGGAUGUUUGUAGAAGAGCAGAUUGGCCGGAAAGAGAGGAGCAUAUCACUGGCCUUACUCACAGCAGACAAGAAAAUUUAGAUAUGGCAAUGGAUACUUCUGACUGUGAAGAUAAUGAGGCAGGAAAAGUUGGCGCUUCUGAUGUGGACAUAAUGAAAUCACAUGAGCAGUCUCACUUGUAUCUUGCAAAUGCUGAAGUCCAGAUGAGCCCCUGGAGAACACCGCUCUGGCAGAAAUCCAAGGUGUAUUUCUAUGCAAUGAGUGGGAUUGAAGGUGACAAGCAGAACGUUGCUGAAGAUCACUCCGGUGGAGAGAUUGCUAUAGAAAAGGGUCAAGUCCAAGAAGUUGAAAUCAGGCGGAAGGAUUUGUUACCUGUUUUUGACCACUUUCACAGGGUUGCUGAUUGGAGUGACCGGGAACUGCGAAGGGAAAUAUCUGCUCUGUCUACUGGGUCUGCUGCAGCUUUCCAGCCGAAGAUGUUUCCAUCCAGUUCUGCUGCAAACUCAAAUGGAGGGUCAUCAACAAAAUUGUAUAUAUCUGCUCAACAUAAUCCUGGCAAAUUCGGAGGGAUUUCGGGUUUAGCUUAUCGAAGCCCAAGUAGCAAUAAUUGUGGUUUGCUUUCUUUUAAGCCUACUCCAAUGAGUAUCUCUCCUGCUGAAGAAGAUAGUAAUAACUCUGUGCAUAGUGAUGUAGUAUCUUUAACCCAUGGCUCGCCUUCUCCCGAAAGAAAUAUGGGAAAUGAAGGCCGGUCAACAAAUAGUGUUCUGACCAGUGAAUCUUCAAAUGCAAGCUCCAGACGUUCUGAUUUGAGUGCAAAUAUUAUAGACGAGGGGAUGAUGGUGAAUGAGUCUCCAGAUUUCGAACAGCUUUUCCAGGAGGGCUACUGUAAAGUUGCUGCCCUUUCUGAAUGCUGCGAAUCGGAGAAGAGCAAAGUCGUCAGUCCAUUGGAUAACAAUGCCAGUCCUCAAGGAUUGGAGAAGCCUGAUGAUGACGAUGAUGAUAUGCUCGGAGGUGUCUUUGCUUUCUCAGAGGAAGGUUAACGUUAGCAUCUUCCGGUCGAGCCAUGGCUGGCUGAUGAAAGUCGCAUUCUAUCUAUUUGUGAUAAGUGUCGGCCACCGGAGGAGGGACAUGGAGAAGGGUGUGCAUUAGGGUUGUGUACUAAUUCGUAAGGACACAAGCGAAGAUGGGUUUGCGAACCAGUGUGGCAAUCAAUGGGUACUGACUGAUGUGAAUCCUGGGGGAGAAAGAGAAGAAGAUCAUUGCAUUUGGCAAAAAUCUCUUUCGAUUUGCUUCUUCUUCUAAUUCUAGUUGUACAUGCUGUAAAUUUGGUAAAAAUUCACAGGAUAUAGCUUGAUUUGUGUGGGGGGUAAAAGAAGGUUUACGUUCUUCUGUCUAUGCUGUCUGUGUAACAUUAUUCUUCAUUCUUGGCCAAAAGGAAGGGGGAAAAAAAGGAAAAUGAAGUGGAUGGAAAAUGAUUUGCAAUAAAGAACACCACUACAGCUGAUUCUUUCUUCCUGAUCUCUCCAUCAUCAUUCACAUAGCGAUAGCAUGGGGAUAAUAAGGUAAGGAUAGGGUAGAACUGAAAUUCCUGGUGUAUACAUGUUUAUGCUCUGCUCCUCCUAAUCAUAAUUCGUAACUAUCGGGAGGGAGGGGAGCCAAAAAGAUUGCAUCUUGACAUGGACUUCAAAUCAAUAAUGGGUUGUCUUGUUUGUUUGUUGAUAACAUUGAAGACGGAAUACGUGGGGAAUCCAUUGUCCAUACCCCAAACCCAUAAACGGAUAAGUGUUGAUAACCAAACCAAACCAAAUCAAAUGAUAACGCCACGCCUUCCUCUUAAUUACAAUUUAAAAGCUAUAAUCCGUCUUGAACACCUUGUUGCCGGAUUCCUCAUCACCACCACCACCAAUCCUUUUCCUUCCUUGCUCCACCAAAUCAUCAUCAUCAUCACUUUCGUCUGCGUCUCCCUCAAAUGCAGGGUGAUUAAGAACACUGUUAAGCAGCUGCGUCCCUCUAAGAGCAUUGGUUAAAGGCAGAUGACCUUCAGGGGUAUCCUCAUUAAGCUCCCAAAUGAACUCCGCUGGAAAGGCUCUGUAAUUGUACUGCUCCACUUCGCUGUCUGGGAGCUUCUUCAUCCACCCAACUUUGAUGAAGAAGUUGGUGAAAUCCAUUUUGGCCUUCUUCUUCCAUAUCUUCUUCUGGACGCUGUACCCGAACCUGCCCUCGCUGUGCUCCUUCCAGAGCUCGUCCACGGCCCUCAGCUCUGGUGUCGGUAUGAAUUGGACCUCCGAGAAGAAGACGUAGCCACGCGCCACCGCGGGCUCUCCGGCCAGGGCGAUGAGGAGCCGGCGGGUCUCGUCGUCGGCCUGGCGGUACUCCCGGGCCUCCAGGUGGCGGCGGAGGAGGUCCAGGGAGGUGGAGGGAGCGGCGGGUUGGGAGGUGGAGGGUGUGGUUGAUGUGAUGGAGGAGAAGGCGGUGGUGGUGGAGAGGGAGAGGGAGAGGGAUGACGUGGCGGCGGUGGGUUUGGGGAAGAAGGUGGAGGAGAAGAGGGGGAUGGCGGUGGCGGUGGAGUCCGUGUGGUGGAGGAGAUUGGUGAGGUGGCGGUGGAGGGAAUGCAGGGAAUUGGUGGCCAUGGUUUCAAUUUCAACUUGGAUCGGAUGGGUUUAAAGUGUUAAGAGUGAGUUUUGUGGUGUGCUAUUGAAGUGAAGUGGGUGUGUGGGAGAUAAGAUAAGAGAGAGGAAGGGUAUGGGACUGCUGCUGGGAAACGGAAUGGUCACUUUGAUUGGCCAAAUGUGGGUGAGGCUAGAUCCUAUCCUCUCAGUCUCUGCUAUGCCAAGUGGAAAGAAUAUUUUGGGGGUGAAAUGGGUAAGGUUUGUUUAAUUUGGUGGCUAGGAUGAAAUUUGCACAUUCAAACAAUAAUUUCUUGGGCUGAAAUGUUAUUUUUCAUUCACAACUCACAACUCACAAGAGAUUAUUUAUUUUGGAGUUGUCAUAUACACAAAAGGUUUUAAUCAUUUUUUGUUGGAGGAUAUAUAAUAAAUAUAACC